CCUCUCUCUCUCUCUCCCCCCUCCAUCUCUCCCUCCCUCUCUCUCUCUCUCUCUCUCUCUCUCCCUCUCUCCGAAUAAAACCGACGGAUUCCGCGAAUGUGCGAGCUGCCUCCUUGCAAGCAGCCAUAAUUGGGAUUAUUCAGGAAUAAUUCGCCUAAUCCAGCCGUGUUGUUUUUCUUUUUCCUGUUUUUCUUUUCUUUUUUUUUCUUUUUAUUAAAAAAAUAAAAUAAAAUCGUGAUUUCGACAGCGUCGGCGAUGUGAAUCCCCCUCCCUGUGGCAUCGCUGGAUUUGUCGAAACAUGCAUUUAUUCUGUCAUGGAGGCUUUAAUUGUGGACUAUUAAGAUGUAGCCCACCUUCGCUGGACAGCAAAACAAAGACUGCAUAUUAACUGUUCGGGGUGGUGAGGUUGUGGACAAAGAGGAAAGAUGAGUCUGUCAUGUAGAAAGGAUCCUUACGGCCUCUCCUUGUAAAGACGAGAGAGCCGCAGGAGACGACGGCUAUAGGAGGAUCAGUAGUGUUUAUAAAGGGCCUGUACCAGGCAGGCUCCUGUGGAAGGUGAUAGAAUGGCUAACCAAAGCUUUGCCAUCGAUGGCCCAGGUAGUUUACUGGCUGUGCUGGCUUCACAGAGUGGACUGGCAAGAGGCGGCAGCAGCAGCAGCAGCAGCAGCAGUGACGGCAGCAGCAAUGGAGGAACCUCUGCCACAGAUGUGUCUGCCUACUUUAAGCUGGUCUUCUUGGGGAUGAUCAUCUGUGUCAGCCUUGUAGGCAACCUCUUGGUCUCCCUGCUAGUCCUACGAGACAGGACACUUCACAAGGCCCCCUACUUCUUUCUCCUGGACCUGUGCCUGGCUGAUGCAGUUCGCUCUGCUGCUUGCUUCCCAUUUGUGCUGGUUUCCGUCCACAACAGCUCGGCCUGGACUUACAGUGCCUUGAGUUGUAAAGUUGUGGCUUUUAUGGCUGUGCUGUUUUGUUUUCACGCUGCCUUCAUGCUGUUUUGUGUGGCUGUCACCCGCUACCUUGCCAUCGCCCACCACCGGUUCUACGCCAAGCGCAUGACCAUCUGGACCUGCGCCGCCAUCAUUUGCAUGGUGUGGACUCUGGCUGUUGCCAUGGCGUUCCCACCUGUCUUUGAUGUGGGGACAUACAAGUUCAUCCGUGAUGAGGACCAGUGCAUUUUUGAACACCGCUACCUGAAGACCAACGACACCCUGGGCUUCAUGCUCAUGCUGGCUGUGGUGGUCCUGGCCACCCACGGUUUCUACGCCAAGCUGCUGCUGUUUGAGUACAGGCACCGCAAGAUGAAACCUGUCCAGCUAGUGCCAGCUAUCAGCCAGAACUGGACCUUCCACGGUCCUGGGGCAACAGGUCAAGCUGCAGCUAACUGGAUUGCAGGGUUCGGUCGUGGCCCCAUGCCACCCACUCUGUUGGGCAUCAGGCAGAAUUUACACAAUCAACACCGGCGGCUGCUUGGGAUGGAAGAGGUGAGGUCAGAGAGGAGGCUGGGCAGGAUGUUCUACACCAUCACCCUGCUUUUCUUGGUCCUCUGGGCUCCCUACAUCGUGGCAUGCUUCUGGAGGGUGUUUGUCAAGUCCUGCACCAUCCCUCACAGGUAUCUUUCCAUCACAGUGUGGAUGAGCUUCGCCCAGGCUGGAGUCAACCCCAUCUUCUGUCUCCUGCUCAACGAGGACCUGAGAAAAGUGCUGAGAGCUCACCUGCCCACCUACUGGAGGACUAAACAACACCUGCCCCAAGAUGAGGCCUACUGCAUUAUGUGAUAAGAUAUAAGCUUAACAAAGAGAAUGUUUCAGGUUUUUAAGGGAAAUUUGGAGAAUAGAAGCGAUGUAAUGCACCUUGGUUAAGUGUCAGCGUCUGUUUUGUUGUUUUGCACUACAAAAUCAAAUUUUUGCCAACAAAUGCAGGCACAGUGCCAUUUUAUUAAGAAUGUUGAUAUUCGAGUAAAUGUUUAAGGUGCGGAGGUUUGAACAGGGCGAUAAAAAAAAGCCCUGGUAACACUUUAAUGGCUUGUAUUUCUGAUGAGGUACUAGAAUGAUCACAACAAUCACCACUCCAAGUAAGUGUGACAGUUGCCAUUUUAAAAAUAUUGUUGCCUUAUUUCAGAGGGACACGCCCCAGAGCUUUCAACCGAAAAUUAGUUUCUGUGUCACAUGAGGCACAAAACAGACACACGGAGAGUUGAAAUCCUUGAAGAAAUGUGCUGUGGACUGUGAAUAGAAAGUGUUGAUCAGAGCGUUACUAACUCUGAAACACAUCAAGGAACUCAAAGGGUCUAAAUGGAUUGAUAGACCACCCUGGACGCCUUUUCAUGUAAUUCAAAGGAGACUGCAGAAUAUCGAAUGGACCCAGUACCCUUGGAUACAUUUAAAUAGCUGUUGUGAACCCAAGAAGCCCCUAACAUGCUUGAUUUUUUGGACUUGAUUUAGGGCGUGUCAGGUUUCUUUGUAUCAUAAAAAAAUGCCUGUUUUCCUUUAUUUGUAAACAAUACAUGUUAAGCAGAUGACACUAUUUUGAAAUAUGACUUGAUUUCAUAUUGUACAGACUGUACAGGAAUGUAUAUUCCUGCUUGUGUGUUUUUAUAUAGCAUUUGUGUGUAUGUGUGCGUGAGAGGUAGGAAGAGAAGGAGGGAGGAAGAAAAAAAGAGAAAUAAUGAUGAUGAAAAAGGUUCCAGUAAUAUUGAGUCAAUAUGAAAGCAGUCUCAUCUUGCGGUCUCAAAAUCAUGCAAAAUUGAGUAGUCAUCAUAUGGAAAUUUAUCCUAUAAAUUGAUUUUCAUACCUGAAAAUGUCUGAUUUUUAAUGUUAAUGUACAAGCAAAUGUUAAAUACAGAUGGAUUAUGAAAAAGGGGACCGAAUAAUUAGAAAACUAUACUUGUACAUUGCAAACAAUCCAUAGGAUUUAAUGACUUGAAUGAUUAUGUAAAUUACGUAUUUUAAAAAAAAAUCAUUUGCAAAUGAACAUUUAUUUGCAAAUGAUGAUCUUGGGAAUGUAUUUAAAGUACUGUUAUGCUCUCACCAGAAUACAGAAAAAUGAAGAAGAAAUGAAGUGGCACUUAAUAUGAAGGAAACUUGAAUGUUACCAGGCCCUCUUAUAUUUCCCCUCAACAUUAAUGUCACCAUUUGAGUGUGUGGAUCAGUAUGUUCAAAAUCUAAACGUCUUCAGGCUGGAUACGACCCCAGAGAUGUUUGAUGUAUGGAAACCGACUUAGACUACAUUGAGUUGUCUCUCCAAAUUAUGAUUCAUGUAAUGCAAAAGUCUGACCUACAGUAUGUUAGGCAUAGAUAUAUUUGUGCAGUAAAUUUUCUAAAUGUGGACACUUGCACAGCAUACUGUAUUAGCAUGCAUUCCACUGCAUUUCAUAGAUUCAAGACCGGGGAUUACAACUUGUACAGAUGUUGAUAUGGAAAGACAAAGUGAAAAGUGAACUGAGGUCCAUAAUUUUUACGUCUGGCAUUCCUUCGCGAGAUGAUAUUCUGUAACUGUACAGUUUAACUGAGGUGGUUCUUUUGCCCACUCAUCAAU